ACCAAUCGGGCUUUGCACAAGUCAUCUCGAAAGUGGUGGAAAAUGUGACCAUCAACCGUCAAAACGGUCUAACCUUGAAUGUCAACCCCAGGCUAAAGCUGAACUGGGGGAUCUGCAUUACCCCGCAUCAUCUGAUGAAAGACUUCCUUGUUCUUCUCCUAAAUAAAGUGGACUCGUUUCAUUCCCAACGAACAACAUCCGGAUCCGAAAUUCACUCCUGAACUGCGAAUUGAUACCAGUGCAACACUCAGCUAUAGUGGAUCCGAUAUGCCAACGGGUCUCGUUACACGUCGUACUCAGUUCUCCAGCUGCGAUGAGUGUCGUAGAUCGCGCGUGGCUUGUGAUGCCCAGAGCAGCGAAGGGACCUCUUCGUGUACACGCUGUCGGAACCGUCACCAUGCGUGCACCUUCAAGUGGCUUCAGAAUGCCAAGACAAGCAAUGGAGGCGCGAAGUGUAGGUCGCGUCGAGGGACAACACGGCCUACAAGUGACACAUCAUCAACACGCGGCAGUCGAGUCACGGAUGCAUCCCAUGAGCCGGGGUUUGAUCAAGGUCCUGCAAAUGACCUAGACCAUGAUACAUACAGAGAUAGCUCAACUGUAUCGGCAAUGCCUGAGUCGGCAUCUUUGCCAUGGUGUCCAAGUCCGAUAAGAAAUCCGGAGGAGAGUGUCAACAUGGAAAAUGUGGACUCUAGAUGGCUCGAUACUCUCUACAGAGAAGGCUUCGAGGCGGUCUUUGGUUCUUGGAUGGGAAGAUAUGCUUGUCCUUUCUUGUUCGGUCACAAUCUAGCAGACAAAUACGUCAGUAUAUCUGACCUCUGUCGCCAUCUUGAUGGAUGCAUAGUAGAUGCUGGCGACAGUCAACUAGUCGGUCGAAAUAGAGACAUUGAACAGUCUCUACAGAGCACUGUUUCUGCAUUCGCGGCACGAUGGCUCCCUGUUACAUCUCCAGAGCCAAAUUCCAACGAGGAUCACUGCAGUCUUGUUCAGACUCUCUGGAGGCAUGCUCGAAGAGAUAUGCUACGUGUCAUCAACAGACCGUCUUAUCGAUCUAUGCUGUCUCUACUUCUGUUCGCUCUAACACCAAUACCUGAGGGUAUUUCAGAGGAGGAGGAGACGGAUGGGAUAUCUGGUCAGGCUUGUGUUCAUGCAGCGUUGCAGCAGAUACAAACCCUGCGUGCACGUCAGAGAAACCUGCAGUUCAGUGGUUCCAAAGUUUCUCCAUCUCUCAAGUCACAAGCCAUCGUCACAACGCCAGAGUCAAUCGAAACAUCAGGCUUCAUAAACGCCGAAAGUAUUGUAUACUGGGCAGCCUUGACAUUCGACACCUCUGCAUCUCUCACCCUCAACUGCCGCUCCCUUCUAUCUUCGGGUCUCUUUGGCUUCGAGUCUGAACUCCCCUGGCGUCUCGUCAAAACCUGUGCCAAGAUGUUCGACGAGAACGCCCGCCAGUGGAAACAAGGGAGCUCAGACAUGACAGACGAAAGGGCGAAUCAAAUCAUUGCUGCUGGGGCUUCUUGGAAACUUCUUGGAUGGAAGGUAACUGCCAUAUUCAAAGAAGCUCUGAGAGAUGGCCAUGAGGAGUCAGAAGUUCGAAGAGCAUACCUGGCUGUGGUAGACUCUGUUAAACAAUUUGGGAUCAUUUAUCGUCCGCUUUUGGAUGAAUGCCAUAAACGCAUGCCUUUCCUUGGGCAGCAGACAAAGCUUCGAUGGUUUUCUCUUAUGCUUCACUACCAUCUCAGCAUUCUUAUGCUAGUAGACAUUAUCGAAGCAACAGACCGCCAAGACCUUCUCCCAGAUAUAACCGACAUAUGCAUCGAUGCUGAAAACACAGUGAUGAAUACCCUAGCAUUCGGUUUGCACAACACAUUCACGCUAAAACGACCUCGCGAUUCAUUCGAAGGCGAUGAUCUGAGUAGGAGACAAACGGUAUUUACAGUACCGAUCGUUUCUAUUGAUCCGUAUCCGCAUCAUGCCGUCGCUGGCGUACAGCUACUUAGGAAAGCUAUUGAUCGCGACUUCGGCAUUGGUAAAAUCACCGAAGAAACUUAUCAGAGUUUGUUAUCUACGUUGGAGAGGACGUUGAAGCAUUUGCCGCAGAGCUCAAAGUCUGUGCAGGCAGCCAUAGCAAAGUUCUCAACAGCGGCUGAUGAAAAUAGUGCACAUCCUAGUAUUUUAGUGUUUGGUUUGAAUGCACAUACCGACGCCAUGGACUUGGCGCUGACGUCGGUCACUUUGAUCGGAGCGGGCACUCAAGGAAGACGCCUGGCAUUCAUGUGGUCUAGUAGAGGAAAUGAUGUCCAUCUAGUCGACGGCCAAGAAGCCCAACUUCAAGCCAGUAUCAAAGCCAUUGAGGAGUUUCGACAAAGUUCAAACAAAAGAAAUGCUUCCUGGGGAAGAAUCAUCACUCAUUCUCCUGAGAGCUUGCGCGAGGCUCUUCAAGCUGCGUCGUUGGUAGUCGAGUGUGUACCCGAGCAAAUCGAGCUCAAGACGAAAGUCAUCUCGGAGCUUGAUGCACUGGCUCCAAGGGAUACUAUCAUUGCGUCAAACUCUAGCAGUUACUCCUGUUCGGAGAUAUUAAACGGACUUAAUUUGAGAAACGAGAGCCGUUUCUUGAGUGCUCAUUCUUACUGGCCACCUGAGACACCGGAAAUCGAGAUCAUGGGUCAUGAAACUACCAAUCCUUCAUACAUCACAUUGAUGAUGGAGCAGUGCAAAGCCCACGGCUUCUCACCAUUUCAUGUGAAGUCACCAUCAAUGGGGUACAUCUACAACAGAAUAUGGGCAGCUAUCAAAAGAGAAGCUCUCCUCGCAGCAUCAGAAGGCGCCGCAACACCAGAAGAAAUCGACGAUAUUUUCAAAGGAGUAUUGAAAACACCCAAAGGGCCUUUUGAGCAGAUGGAUGUUGUCGGUUUAGAUGUUGUUCUUGAUAUUGAACAGCAUUAUGCUGAUGCGAGGGGAAAUAUUCCUAGUGCACCCCGGGAAUAUUUGCAGAAGUUUUUGGAUGAAGGUAAUCUAGGCGUUAAGAGCGGACGAGGAUUUUAUGACUACGGGAAAUCUUAGAUGGCUUAGGAGUUCAAUAGACGUGAAUCAGAGAUUUCGAUAUUUC